UCUUUAUUUACAUUUUUAGGCAAUGGAGCAUUGCAGAUUGUCUAGUACAAUUUUAUUAACUCUUGCCGGAUUUGUAGAAUGGAUUCCAAUUUCACACAUUAUUGCCGGAGAAAGUCUUCUUUUGCCAGUAUUGUGGAAUAUUUUAGAAGAUGACGUCUUGCAGUUACAUGCUGCAGAAUGCUUAUUAUUAAUUGCAGGUCGUAAGGGAAAAACAGAAGAUAGGAAACCUCUUCUCACUCUGUUCAGUGAGCCAGCAAUGUCUUCUAUUUAUUCAGCUGCAAGUAUUGCUGCAGAUACAUCUUUAAUUAGUGAGCAGAAAUAUACUUUUCUAAAAAAAUUAUGCCAAGUUCUUAUUGCAUUAGGAGGACAACUUUAUGCUCUAUUGGGUGUAGAUUCUGAAAUAACUGUUCCUGUCACAUUUCCUAUUUAUUUAAAUACAGUGUUAGCAUUUACAAAGCACCCGAGCCAGGUAUUGAGCAGUUACACACAAAACCUUUGGAGCUUGUUUUUUAAUCAUAAAGCCAUAUCUGAAGAUGUCUCAUUUAAAGCUGUGAUUCCACAAAUUGUUAAGAGUUGUAUGGAUAAACUUAUUAAGGUUGGCUUUCCUUCGAGAUCUGAUUUCGCCAGUUGCAGUUACUCAAAAUUAGAUUUUGAUAGUGACGAAGAUUUCAAUGCCUUUUUUGGAAAAUUUAGGUCUGACGUCUGUGAAACGCUCCGCUGUGCAACGAUGGCAAAUCCAAUCAUUACAUUUUCUUACGCUUCCGAAUGGUUAUAUAUGCAACUGAAGAAGGAGCCUCAAGAUGCCGAAAAUGGAUUUUGUAGCAUGACAACACCUUUAUACUUAGAAUGGGAAGCCCUUGCAAAUUGUUUAGAAAGUGUAAUGGGUAGGAUUUUAUCUAACGAUCUAUCUAAGUCAUCUGCCGAAGAUGGAAUUAAGCUUCUGAAGGCUGUUUUAAAGUAUGAAACUCAGGAUCCUUUGAUAUUAUCCUGUGUCAUUUCGUGCAUAUCGGCAUUACAUGUAUUUUUGACACUGGCUCCAGAGUUAUUACUUGAAGUUUUAGAAAAAUUGUUUAUGUCAGUGGUCUUCAGUCAGCCAGGCCAGACCAAAGCCACUCGGAGUAAAGCUGUCAAAAAUGUUCGUCGUCAUGCCUGCUCCUUCCUGGUAAAAAUAUGUAAACAGCAUCCCAGAUUAUUAUUGCCCCUGUUUGAUCAAAUAUAUCAACACACAAAAAAUAUCAGUAGCGAUCCCGAACAAUUGUCACAAAUGGAAAAGUGUACAUUAAUGGAAGCGCUGAUACUCCUCAACAAUGAAUUUCAAGAUUAUAAUCGGCAGUCAGCCUUCUUACAGGAGACUCUGGGACCAGUUUCUUCCAUCUGGCUCAGUUCUGAACUUGACAGAGCCCUGUCUAAUGUCGACCACUUCAUGACUCACAUUGGGCUUAACAGAGCCCCCAAAGCACCCAGUAAUGAAGAUGUCGGUGGAAUAAACAGAUCACAGAUGACUUAUUGCGUAAACACAAUUCUUGGUGUUAUUAGAAGAAGUAAAUGGCCAGAUGAUCCCGAUGUUGCCAGAUCGGGCGGUUUUCUUUGUCCCGAUGCCGUCUCUGCAGAGACAAUCUACUUCAGAAAUCCGGCAACUCCACACGUUUAUCCUCUGUUAAAAGGACUUUUUUCGUUGAUUGGUGUUUUAAAUAAGUUGUGGAUUCCAGAAAACAGAGAGAAGAUCCAUGCCGGAUUUACCUUUUCUUUGGAUAUGUUGGAAUCUGAAAAGAAUUUACUAUUACCAGGUUUGAAUGUUUCUUUGGACAACGUGGAAUCUGGUGACCGACAGCCUUGUGACAGAAUGCAAAAUUUCUUAUUUACAAUUCAUGAUAAUUGUUACCACAUUUUGGGCAAUGCAGGACCAAAUUUGGGACUUGAGUUCUAUGGACAGCCUGGCUUGGCAUCGCAGAUCUUGACGUCGGUAUUUGCCGAUCUGCACCACGUGCCAGACUACAGACUGAGGCCCAUUGUUCGUGUAUUCCUCAAGCCUUUCAUUCAGUACUGUUCCCACCAGUAUGAAACGCAAGCACUGAUUCCUGUUCUGCAGCAGUUGUGUCCCUUUGUCUUUCAGAGGCUGAGAGAAAAGUGGUCUGUCUUGCAGCAGCGAUAUAGGACUAGCUCCUCCCAUGAGAACGACUCCAGUGAAACCCAAGAAGUGUUAGAAGAUCAGCUGACGCGCCAGCUCAGCAGGGAAUAUUUGGAUCUGUUGGGUGUUGUCAUGACUGGAGGGAAAAAGAACGUGGAGCAGUUUGUGGAGGUGAUGGACGAAGAUGUGGAGAUAAGGCCUAAUCCUCAAUCUGACGUCCUGAGUGAAUUGGGGAUUCGAGCACUGAAAAACAAGAAAAUAUGUGCAUACAUCGUUUCCAUAGUAUUCAAUGCCCUGCACUGGAUAGACACGCUAACUUGCAUCAAGAGCAUCCCCCUGUGUUUGCCCAUUCUUAAACAGCUCAUGGCAGAAAACUUGAUCAUCCAGCAGCAGGAAGCAUCUUUCUUCUUGGAGUGCGUUCUGUUUGGCCUUAAAGAACUGGGAGAACAUGCCGCCAAUGAGGCUUUCCUGGUGGGUUUGGGUGUCCAGGUAUAUGAGUUGCUGCGCCCUGCCUUCCCCGUUCUGAGGGACGUUCUCUCGCACUACACCGAAUGCUCUCCAGAUCAGUUGCAGAACUUCGAAGACAAGAUCUUGAACGUUCCUGCGGGAAAGCAGCUGCCGGAUAAAAGGAAGAAGGACAUGUUUCGAAAGUUGGUCAAGGACAUCGUCGGGAAAAACGUGGGACGGCGUUUCUCCCGUCCGGUGGACAUCCGGAACUUGCCCCGCUCUCCACCUCGCCUCCGCCCCCAACCUCCGGAGAUGGACCAUCUGGGAUUGGUGGAACUCUUCCAGCCCGCCUCCCGACCCGCCCCUUCCUCGGGCGCGGGUUUCCCGUCCGGAUCCGCCCUGUAGAUAGGGUCCGGGUCCGGCGUCACCAUCUGUAAAUACGCAUCGCAGUCGGUAUUUUAUUAUGUAAUAAACGUGUAUGGUUAUUUGUUUA